AUCAUAUCCGGCUGAUUAGAACAGAGAUCCAGAUAAGUCGAGUGAAGAGGACAUUUCACAACACUGCUGCUCUCAUCUGAUCUGUUGCUUGAGACAUUGAAACAUUUGUUGUCACUAUCCUUGACGGCACAUCUACGACAAAGUUUUCUUGGCUUCAGACUUGCUCAGAUUUUGUUUAUUUGGUAACUUUUCCUUAACUUUUGUGCUUCUACCAUGGGUGUUUCAUCAGGCACACUUGUUGUGACCCAGACUCCUGCUGUCUCUGCAAUGGAGGGAGAGACAGUAAACGUCAGCUGCUGCUGGACCUGGACAGGGAAGCCUGAAAGAAUGACAGUUGACUGGCUGAAAAAUCAAACAAGUGUAAAAAUAGAUAUUUUCAGCUUGACAAAUCACUCCCAAGGAUCUCUGCGAAUGGACACAUCUGACUGCUUAAACUUGACCUUUAUGAAGAUCUCAAGAGAAGAUUCAGGGAGAUACACCUGCAAAGCGUCUGUGGAGAUUCCAUUAUUAGUUGAGUUUGAAGGAAAUGGUACUGUCAUCACAGUUACGGCCAGAGAGAACACAAAGGACCACACAAAUCCCCCCACAGCUGACAAUUCUGAUUCAAAUACUAAUUUGGAGGACAUCUUAAUUCAUGCUCUGAGGUGCCUGCCCAUCCUGGCCCUUGUCACAAGCUUCAUCUGCCUCAAAAAGUUACGGACCAGAGCUCAGCAGCACACCCCAGCUGCUCUGGGAAAUAAACCCCCUUCAGCACAAAGAACAGAAGAAGACCAAGAGGAAGAGGACAGAGACGAGAGAGAAAUAGUAGAAGUGUAAAAAUAAGAAACCAUGGAAUGUUUGAUGAUUACUUUGUCUUAAUUAGGAUACAUUUACACAAACCUGCUGUCUAUUAUCAACACCCUCAUCACCGUCUGACUGGUCUGACUGGUCUGACUGUAACUCUUUGCUUUCUGACAUCAGCGACGUCUCUCCUGUUCAAAGCUCAUGCAAAAUGUGAGGCAUCUGAAGGGAACGAACAGAACUUGUGGUUUGGCACACCUCUGCAAAAACUUCCGUGACACAUGAAAAUAAAGAUGGUGCCUCCUAUGUAUCCUGCUGUGUUGUGUGUGGUGGGUGUAGUAUGUGUGAGGCACUUGGCUGUAAAGAGAUGAGUGUUAGUAGUCAGUGGUCAAAGGAAAUUAUACAGUUGACAAUACAGCUGGUGAUAUUAGUGAUAACAUAUCCUACAUGAUAAAGUGUUGCACUGACCAACAUACCAAAAUCAACAUGUAUCACCUUGUAUGAGUGGCAUGUUGCCAACAUUGAAUAACUCUGCACUGUGAGUUGGUUUCGCUUUUAUUUGGACGUUUGAGCCAAGUAGUCAACUGCCUGUUUCCUUAUAUUAAACUGGUGUGCUUAAAUGCAUGCCAUUAAAGCUGCAGUAGGUAACCUUUAUAAAUAUAACUUUUAACUAUUUACUAUCAGAGGAACCAGAUUUUUUAUUUGCCUCAUGUACUACUAUCAGGACAUUGUGAAAGUUGCAGAAAAUAUCGCUUUUUUUUUAUAAUAAAGGUUUCCUACUGCAGCUUUAAAAUCCAUUUUGUUUACAAUGCAACAAUUAUCUUCAUCCUACUGUACAAAAUAAAUGAGCAAGGGUGGACUUUGUACUCUAAUCUUUGCUAUUUUGAAAUAUCUGGUCGGACCAGUCUAAUAUGGGUUUGCUAUGAAGACUUUACUGGCAGUUGAGGCAUUCUUGUAAACAACCUGAUGAGGCUGAUGAUGAUCUGAUGACAAUGUGCAACUUUUUCUGCUAAAUCCACUGUUACGUCAGUAUUAAAAAAACUGCAAAGUAUAUUUUCUCUAAAAGAAGAACAAACAACGCCACUUUAGGCUUUUGUUGAAAACAAAAACGUGUUCUCUUUAUUUGUAACAGGGUUUGGACAUUUACCAACUACACUACAUCACACGUUUCAUUGCUCCGAUUGGCUGUAGACAGUGUGGCUGACAGUAGAGCGAAGGAGAGCUGGUCACCGACAGGCAGACCGGAAUUCUGAGACACAAACACACCCACAAACAUCCACAAAGACAGAGACCGGGGAGCGCUGGAAACACAGGGAAAGGGAAAGUGCAGGGGUGCAGCCAUGGCCAUAACAUACAGUACAUAGGGUAAGAACAGGAAGUUAAAGUAAAAUGUACUGAAGUACAGUAUUUGAGUAAAAGUUACUUCCAAAACUGCACCUACUGUAAAUAACUAUAGCCUACAGGUUUUUAUCGGUUU